UACCCUUGGCUCUGGCUCAAAUUUUCCACUCUUAACAACGACCGAAACGAACGAUUCCAACAACUCCCUCAAUGUUAAUAGCAUGAAGCAAUGGACUCGGUUGUCCCAACUCUGCCUCCACCCUCCAAUCUCUCUUCCUAUAUCGUAUCCUUCUUAAACGACAAUCUUCACACCAGAGAAACUCUGACUUUAGCUCCCAAUCUCCUUUCACAGCUCCAAUCUAACUGCUCCGAUUUGGAUCAAAGCAUAAUUGACCUCAAUCGGAGCCUCGGAGCCACCUUGGUUGCUUACGCUUCCUUCUCCGAUCAAAUUCAUGGCCUCUUGAGUGACAUUAAUGGCCAAUUGAUCGAUCUUGGAUCUUUCACUCGCUCUCAUGGAUAUGUCGAGCCAGAUGGGGAGAGUGGAGAGGGAAAAGGGAGAACGGAGAAGAUAUUGGGGGAGGAGUUGCCGGCAUUGGCGAAGGAAGUGGCGAGAGUCGAGACUGUUCGGCUGUAUGCUGAAACAGCAUUGAAGCUUGAUAGUCUGAUUGGUGACAUUGAGGAUGCUGUAUCUUCAACUAUGACAAAAAACUUAAAGAAGUAUUAUGCAACACAAGACUCAGAAGAUACUCGUUUACGUGCUAUCAAAACUCUGAAACUGACUGAAGACAUUUUAACUUCAGUCACUAAAAGACAGCCUCAAUGGGGGCGUCUUGUUUCAGCAGUCGACCACAGAGUAGAUCGAGCAUUGGCCAUCUUAAGACCACAGGCAAUUGCAGAUCAUCGAGCACUUCUAGCUUCCCUUGGGUGGCCACCUUCACUAUCAUCUUUGACUUCGGCAGCCCCAAACAAAGCCAAAAUCCUCAAUCCUCUUUUUACAAUGCAAGGGGACCUCAAACACCAGUACUGUGAAAACUUUUUUGCUCUGUGCAGUCUACAGGAGCUUCAGCGACGAAGAAAAUCUCGGCAACUGGAAGGCUAUAGUAGGGAAGUUGCUAUAUAUCAGCCACUUUGGGUGAUUGAGGAGCUGGUAAAUCCAAUGUUCUUGGCAUCUCAACGACAUCUCUCAAACUGGGUUGAGAAGCCAGAAUUCAUUUUUGCCCUAGUCUAUAAAAUGACUAGAGAUUAUGUAGACUCUAUGGAUGAAUUAUUACAACCACUGGUUGAUGAAGCUAUGCUAUCCGGGUAUAGUUGCAGAGAAGAAUGGAUUUCAGCUAAUGUAUCUUCCUUAUCAACUUACUUGGCUAAAGAAAUUUUCCCAAAGUAUGAUGCACAGGUUGAUGAAGAGAAUGAUAUGGAUACCCAAUCACAGGCUAGAACAUCCUGGCUUCAUCUUAUUGACUUAAUGAUAUCAUUUGAUAAACAGAUUAAGUCUCUGUUAGAGCAUUCUGGAGUCUCUUUUUCCUUCCAGGAAGAUGAGAGCAUGCAGAAGAUUUCUUCAUUCUCUGUUUUUAGUGAUCGGCCUGACUGGCUUGACCUUUGGGCAAAGAUAGAGCUGGGAGAAAUACUAAAUAAAUUGAAAAAUGAUUGUGAGGACGAGAAAAAUUGGACAAUAAAGGUUCAGGGAGCAAACCUUUCAUCUAACCCUGACGAUUAUAAUGCUCCUCCAAUUACUAGUGCUUUUAUACGGCACUUAUCAGCUAUAAUUAACCGUUGUCGAUCACUUCCUAAGAAAUCCCUCAGGUCAAGGUUUCUCAGAUCAGCUGGUGCCCCUAUCUUAAUAAAGUUUUUGGAUUGCUUGCUUUUCAGGUGCCAAGAAGCUGAAGGUUUGACUGCAUUGACUAAUGAUGAAGCCUUAAUCAAAGUGGCAACAUCUAUUAAUGCUGCUCGUAAACUGGAAUCUGUACUAAGGGAAUGGUGCGAGGACCUGUUUUUUCUGGAAUUGGGAUCAAUUCAUCGUGAUCAAGCUGAGGAGAACGAGAGUGGCAAAGGGCUGAUUGAAGAUCUUGAAAAUGGUAUAUUUGAUGUGGAGACUGAAAAGUUGGAGGCAUUAAGAAUGGAGUGGGUUGAAAAACUAUAUGUUGUAAUUUUGAGGGGUUUUGAUGCUCUAUGUCGAGAUUAUAUGAAGAACAAGAGGCAGUGGCAGGAAAAAAGUGAGGAAGGUUGGACCGUUUCAAAGUCUUUAGUUGGGGCACUUGAUUAUCUGCAAGGGAAAAUGUCAGUGCUAGAAGUCAAUUUGAACAGGAAAGACUUCAUUGGGGUGUGGAGAAGUCUGGCUUCUGGGAUUGAUAGAAUGAUAUUCAAUGGUAUUCUUUUGAGCAGCGUGAAGUUUUAUGAUGGUGGAGUUGAGAGAUUCGGUAGUGAUUUAGAGGUUUUGUUUGGUGUGUUUAGGUCUUGGUGUAUGAGGCCAGAAGGCUUCUUUCCAAAACUAAGUGAGGGGUUCAAAGUGUUGAAGAUGUCAGAAAAACAACUUAAAAAUGAUUUUGUUGGAUCGGAGAAAUGGUUGGAAGAUAACAGAAUUCGACAUUUGAGUGUAGUUGAGGUAGAUAGAAUCAUGAAGAACAGAGUAUUUGGUAGUUGAAAGGUUUCAAGGCAAAAAAACCUUUCCUCAUCUUCAUUUCUCAAAUUGUUGCAGUGCUAUUCACUUGGGGCUCUAUAUGGUAUAAUCACGAUUGGGACUCCGGCGCACUGACACAUUUAUUUUUUUAACAAAUCAUACAAGAAAACAAAGUUGUGCCAUUCAUGAUGAUCUGUUCAGUUUUUCAAAAAAUAGUAAAUGUCCAUUCAAUUUAUUUGUUUAUAUCUAUCGAUCUAUCUUCUAUCUA